ACAAACAAACAAAUACAAACAACAUUUCUCUCCCCAAAACUUGCCGUACCAUGCGUUUCUCCAUCUUAUUAUGUCACAUAGAGAACAUUCUGUAGAUUACCCAAUCCAAUCUAAAAUCCAUUCACCCAAAGAUCUAGGUUUUACUCUGCAAUAAAAUCAAAAGCUUCAUCUUUAAUAUCUAUUAUUCUUUUACCUUUCAAUCUGUAAGUUCUUUUUUUCAUUAUUCUUUUUUGUUCUUCAAGAUCUAGAUAUUAAUAUUAUUUAUUUUGGAUCUACCAAAUAAUAAUGUCUCAUCGGAAUGAUGCUAAUUAUACUUCAAUACCUGUUAGCUCCUCAUAUAUAGAAUUGCAGCCACAAAAUGAUUCACCAAACUCUUUUCAAAGGUUAUCUUUUGAUGAGGGUGGGGGUUUUUUAGGAUCUAAGGUUGAUGGUAAUGAUAAUUAUGAUGAUGAUUUUGAAAUUGAUAUUGAUAAUUAUCCUCUUGUUGUUGGACCUAAUCCUAAUAAUGGUUCUGGGGUACCUGGUGCUGUUUUCAAUUUGACUACUACUAUUAUUGGGGCUGGGAUUAUGGCUCUUCCUGCCACCAUGAAAGUUCUUGGUGUAGUUUUAGGGAUUGUAUUGAUUAUUCUAAUGGGGAUUUUGUCGGAGAUUAGUGUCGAAUUGUUGGUUCGAUUUUCGGUUAUGUGUAAAGCAACCUCUUAUGGUGAGGUUGUUGAACAUGCUAUGGGAAGGCCUGCUAGGAUUUUGUCUGAGAUUUGUAUUAUCAUGAAUAAUGCUGGUGUUUUGGUGGUUUAUUUGAUAAUAAUGGGGGAUGUUAUGUCCGGUUCCGCUCAUCAUUUAGGGGUUUUCGAUCAGUUAAUGGGGAAUGGUGUUUGGGAUCAGAGGAAGCUUGUGAUUCUUGUUGUGAUGGUGGUGUUUUUGGUGCCUCUUUGUUCGCUUGAUAAGAUUGAUUCGUUGAGCUUAACUUCAGCUGCCUCAGUCGCUCUUGCGAUCAUGUUUGUCGUUGUUGCUUUUACCGUUGCUUUCAUUAAGCUUGUUGAAGGAAAGAUUGACGCUCCGCGGAUGGUUCCGGAUUUAAGCUCGAAAAAGGCCAUCUUGGAUUUGCUUGUGGUGAUUCCAAUUAUGACAAAUGCAUAUGUUUGCCAUUUUAAUGUGCAGCCGAUAUACAAUGAGCUCGAAGGUAGGUCUCCUCAGAAGAUGAACCGAGUAGGAAGAGUCACCACAAUUUUGUGCAUCUUGGUUUAUUCUGCAACAGCGCUGUCUGGUUACCUAUUAUUCGGGGAAGAUACUGAGUCUGAUGUCCUGACUAAUUUUGAUAAGGAUCUCGGAAUCCGGUUUAGUUCGGCCUUGAACUAUAUUGUUAGAGUUGGCUACAUUCUCCAUUUGAUACUUGUAUUUCCUGUUAUUCAUUUUUCGCUGCGCCAAACGGUGGAUACCUUGGUGUUUGAAGGGUCACCUCCUUUAUCAGAAAGUAGGAAGAGAUCACUUGGGCUGACUGUGGUUCUGUUGGUCUUCAUAUAUAUUGGUUGUACCAUGAUUCCUAACAUUUGGACGGCUUUUAAGUUCACUGGCGCAACGACGGCUGUUUCGUUGGGUUUCAUAUUUCCAUCUCUUGUUGCAAUAAGAUUAAGUCAUAAGGGUGACUUGAGCCAUGUGGAAUGGAUUUUGUCGUGGUUAAUGUUGAUAUUGGCAGUGACUGUUAGCAUCGUAGGAGUCAUUGGUAAUGUGUAUAGCAUGGAGAGUAAGUCUUAGUAACACUUUGUAUUGGUUAAUGGCUGCAUUUCAUAGGAAUCAUGUGGUAUAUCAAGUAAGAGACAUAGGAAGGUGAUUUGUUCCUUGGCUCUGCUGCAUGUAAUUCGAGUCAAGCAGCAUAAGAUAGGCAAUGUGAGGAUCAUUCUUUAAUGCGGGAUAAAUAUUUUUUCUAUUUUGCCGCGGCCAUGAUGAUUAGGGUAUGAGAUGCACAUAAUGCUUCAAAAGAAUUUGAGAAUUGAUGAUUAGAUGUUUCCAGUGUGAAUGGAAUUUUGUGGCUUUUGUUUGCCAUAGACAUAGCUAAUACAGUUCUGUCAAUUCAUGAUGACAGUUCUAUUUUUAUUUUUUUCAUUAAUUUUAUAUAGUAUAAUGAUGUUACAACUUCUAGUAACAGAUUCUUACAACUGCUUAAAAGAGAUUUGUUUCAUUUCCAGCAGAAAAUACGUAGUUGGUUUGCAUA